CGUCGGCCGGGUAGACCGGAUGUUAACGGCUGUGAAUUUGGACAGGCCUAGCCUUCAUGAAUUCCCGCCUCUCCCUCGGCGAACGUUCCGUCGCCUAGCAACCGUGGAACCGCGCUGAGCAGAAGGGAGAAGGAAAAUGGUAGCGCUUGAAGCAUUAUUGAGCUUUUUAAUAAUUUCCUUGCUUCUGGAGGAGUUACAAGAGAAGUAUCGACGGCGAAGGCAUUUUAUAUUGCUCAGGCUGAGAAGCAACAAUGAACAGACUAGACCCAGAUACUGCAGGAUUAACCUGAGUGUCCCAGUCCUGGACCGUUUCUUCAACCAGCAAGAUCCGAGACCCGACUUUCGUCUGAGCAGGGAGUCCCUUUCAGUGCUGCUGAAUCUGCUGAACCAAGAUCGGCGUCAUGGUUGGGGUGCCACAAUUGAGACCCUGGUGUUUCUUUUCUGGUUGUCAAGUGGAGCAUCUUACAGGGUGGUCUCCAGUGCGUUCGGGAUACCUCGUUCGACUGUCCACCGCAUCGUCCACAGAGUCACGGAGGAGGUUGUGGCCAUUCGCCACCAGGUCAUCCACCUUCCAAAGACCCCUGAAGACCUGGAGGUGGUGUCCCAGGGGUUUGCAGGGCUGGCACGGCACAGAGCUUUUGUUAAAGCUGCAGGUGCCAUCGACGGCUGCCACAUCAGGAUCAAGCCUCCAAGCGGCCCUGAUGGUCACUGCUACAGGAACAGGAAACUGUUCCCCUCUAUCAUCCUGCAGGCUGUGUGUGACCAUCAGGGCCGCUUCAUUGACACCUACGUGGGCUGGCCGGGGUCGGUGCACGACUCCAGGGUGCUCCGCCACAGCCCCCUGUACAGGCAGUCAGUCUACCCUCCUCCAGGGCACUUCAUCCUCGCAGAUGGUGGGUACCCAUGCCUGCAAAGCCCACUCCCACUCAUCACUCCCUACAAACGUGGGAAUCUAGGUGUGGCUGCCCAGCGCUUUAACAGCCAUCAUUCCAAGGCACGCUCUGUGAUAGAGCGUGCUUUUGGAAUGAUGAAAACCAGGUUCAGAGCCAUCUUCCUGCAAGCGCUGGAGGUCCACCACACCUUUGUGCCUCACGUAAGUGUACGAAAUAUUGAUUUUCACAUUUCUUUGAAAUAA